AAUGUCACAGUCAUUUCUUCCCAAAGCUUCUCUGCCAAGUGAUAUUUGCAUCUGCUCGACGGCGGUGAUAGAGUCAUCGCGAGGAGCCAAACAGGGCUCUCUGAAAUGUAUAUGAUCUUCAAGCUCCUGAUCAUCGGCGGCGAGAUUGUUGAAGAAGAAGGCGAGUGGGAGAAAGAAAGAUAAUUUUCAAACAGAAAACGAGGAUCGUUGCUGCAAAUCUUUUUGUCAAGUUUUCGGAUUUACUGGAAAAUUCUCUCCAGAUCGUCUGCUAAAUUGCGUAAAUUUCGGAAGAGCGGUUUGGAUUUGGAGUUCACCGAGAUUAAUGGCUGCGAAGACGAUGAUGAUGAGGAAGGAGGCGGCAGCGCAGGGAAACGGAGCGGCGGCGGCAGCGGCAAAGAUGAACGAAGUGAUGUUGUUUGCGAAAUGCGAGUGCUGCGGACUGACGGAAGAGUGCACGGAGGCGUACGUAGCGAAGGUCCGAGAGCGGAACCAAGGGCGGUGGAUAUGCGGGCUGUGCGCAGAGGCGGUGAAGGACGAGAUAGCAAGGUCGGAGCGGCGUAUUGGCAGUGAAGAGGCUCUGAACCGCCACAUGACGUUCUGCAAAAAGUUCAAAGCUCAGAGGCCGCCGCCGAGCCCGACGGAGGACCUCAUCCUGGCCGUGAAGCAGCUGCUGCUGCGGAGCCUGGAUUCCCCUCGAUCAAGCCCUGUGAAAAAGCAAGGUUUGCUUCGAUCUCAGAGCUGCUUUUCGUCUAUUGAUGGAUGAAUAAUUUAUUGAACUUUUCACCAAUCAUAUCCCCACCCCUAUUUAAUUUCUUCAAACUAUCACUAUUAAUGCACUACUCUUUCAAUAAUAAAUCUGCUAUUCAAUUCCCAUCCGUA